AUGGCAUCCGAUGGCGCCACCGUGUCGGAGCGCAGGCUGCUGCUGCGCAUCGACCUGCUCCUCAUGCCCAUCAUGACCAUCGCCUACGGCCUCCAGUUCUACGACAAGGCCAUCCUCUCGUCGGCCUCAAUCUUUGGCAUCCUCGCCGACCUCGACCUCUCAGUCACCCACGGCACGCCCCCAACCACGUCGCUCCAGCGCUACUCGACCGCCACCUCGGCCUUCUACUGGGGCUACCUCGUCGCCGCGCUGCCCAUGGCCCUCCUCGUCCAGCGCUACCGCGCCAACUGGUUCCUCGGCCUCGCCGUCGUGCUGUGGGGCAUCAUCGUCAUCCUCACCCCCGCCAUCACCUCAUGGAGGGGCCUCGUCGCACAGCGCUUCUUCCUCGGCGCCGUCGAGUCGGCUGUCAGCCCCGGCUUUGUCCGCAUCACGCGCUCCUGGUACAAGCGCUCCGAACAGCCCCUCCGCCUCGGCAUCUGGUACUCGGCCACCGGUCUCUUUUCCAUCUUCUCCGGCCUCGUCAACUACGGCUGGGGCAAGCUCGGCUCCCAGCCCGGCGCAGCGCUGCGCCCUUGGAAGUACAUGUUCCUCUUUGCAGGCGCCCUGACAAUCGCAUUUGGCCUCAUCCUCCUCGCCCUCCUGCCGGCAUCGCCUACCCAGGACGCCAUCAUCAGGGUCAGGGGCUACAACUACUUUGACGCCGCCAGCAAGAGGCUCGCCAGCACUCGCCUGCGCGACAGCCUCACCGGCGUGGCUAGCGACGGCGACGACGGCAGCAGCCUUGGCGGCUACGUCACCCGGCCCGCCGCCGGCGGCAGCACCGAUUCGGUCAACCACAACCACAAGCAGCAGCAGCAGCAGCAGCAGGCCGACGGCAGCGUUCUCGCCGACACCAAGGGCGCGCUGCGAUCCUUUGACGACGAAGACGUCGAGUCCACUGCCGACGGGUCGGCGGGCGAGCAGAGCCGCUGGCAGCUGUACCAGGUCAAGGAGGCGUUGCUCGACUACAAGAUCUGGAUCUUCUUCCUUCAGGCCAUUGCAAUCUACAUCUGCAACGGCGGCGUCACGGGCUUCGGCGCCUACAUCAUCAAGACGUUUGGCUACAGCUCGCUGCGCUCCAUCAUCCUCCAGACGCCGGGAGGCGCGACGACGGCCGUGUCGAUCUACAUCUCGACGUUCAUCGUGCUCAAGACGAAGAACACGCGCUCGCUGCUCCUCUGCCUCACCUGCCUGCCCGUCAUGGCCGGCGCGGCCAUGAUCUGGAAGGGCGACUGGACAAACCGAGCGGUCCCGCUGGCGGGCUACUACCUGCUGCCCAUCUUUGGCGCGCCGUUCGUGCUGAUGCUCUCGCUCUCGACGGCCAACAUCGCCGGGUCGACCAAGCUGUCGAUUGCGAGCGCCAUGAUCUUUAUCGGGUACAACGUCGGCAACAUCGUGGCGCCGUACCUCACAAAGGCCGAGCAGAAGGCGAUCCACUACCGCGACACGUUUGUCGCCAUCAUCACGUGCAUGGCCAUCACCAUCGCCCUCACCGUCCUCCUCGAUGUCGGGAUGUGGUACCAGAACCGGACGAGGGAUCGAGCUGCCGCCUCGUCGACCGCGACGGGCAGGGUCGGUGACGGCGAGACCGAGCAGCAGGUCAGGAUCAGGGCUGUCAAGGAGGACUGGACAGACUGGGAGAACCCACACUUCCGCUACGUCUUCUAG